UGUUCCGCGGCUGCAGCAACGCCCCCUGCUGCCAGGCGCGGCUGGUUGCCCGCAUGAAUGGAGCGGCGGAGGGGGCGGGCCCGCGCGCGCCUGGGCGGGGCAUUGUGGGUAAAAGGAAGCGCGAGGGCCCUCCCCGCUCGCUCCCCCCACGUGUCCGCCGAGUUUCUCCACCAGCAACAUGGCCGCUGCCUGAGAGGAGAGCCGGGCCGCCGCCGCCUGUGUAACCCGCGGGUACCUGGGCCCUUGCCGCCGCCCGCGAGCGGGCCCGUCGGAGAGGUAGCUGUCCAGUUUUCCCAGCACCACUUAUUGAAGAGGCUGUCUUUUCUCCAUUAUCGAGUCCAAGGACUGCACGGCUGGCUCCCCCCUAGUAUGGCCAAUGAAGAGGAUGACCCAGUCAUACAGGAGAUCGACGUGUACUUGGCCAAAAGUCUGGCAGAGAAGCUCUAUCUGUUUCAGUACCCUGUGCGUCCAGUCUCGAUGACCUACGAUGACAUUCCGCACCUCUCAGCCAGGAUCAAGCCCAAGCAGCAGAAGGUGGAGCUUGAGAUGGCCAUCGACACGCUGAAUCCCAACUAUUGCCGCAGCAAAGGGGAGCAGAUCGCGCUGAACGUGGACGGGGCCUGCGCUGACGAGACCAGCACAUACUCCUCGAAGCUGAUGGACAAGCAGACGUUCUGCUCUUCCCAGACCACCAGUAACACGUCCCGUUAUGCUGCUGCGCUCUACAGGCAAGGUGAGCUCCACCUGACACCUUUACAUGGCAUCCUGCAGCUGCGGCCCAGCUUCUCCUACCUGGAUAAGGCAGAUGCCAAGCACCGUGAGAGGGAGGCAGCCAACGAGGCGGGAGACUCUUCACAGGACGAGGCAGAAGAAGAUGUGAAGCAGAUCACGGUGCGGUUCUCCCGGCCUGAGUCGGAGCAGGCCCGCCAGCGCCGCGUGCAGUCCUACGAGUUUCUGCAGAAGAAGCAUGCUGAGGAGCCCUGGGUCCACCUGCACUACUACGGCCUGAGGGACAGCCGCUCUGAGCAUGAGCGCCAGUACCUGCUGUGCCAGGGCUCCAGCGGGGUUGAGAACACAGAGCUUGUCAAGUCACCCAGUGAGUACCUCAUGAUGCUGAUGCCUCCCAGCCAGGAGGAGGAGAACAGAGACAAACCCGUGGCCCCCAGCAAUGUCCUGUCCAUGGCCCAGCUGCGCACCCUGCCCCUGGCUGAUCAGAUCAAGAUCCUGAUGAAGAAUGUGAAGGUCAUGCCUUUUGCCAACUUGAUGAGCCUCCUGGGCCCCUCCAUCGACUCUGUGGCUGUUCUGCGUGGCAUCCAGAAGGUGGCGAUGUUAGUCCAAGGAAACUGGGUGGUGAAGAGUGACAUCCUGUACCCCAAGGACUCUUCUAGCCCUCACAGCGGCGUGCCUGCUGAGGUGCUCUGCAGGGGCCGAGACUUUGUUAUGUGGAAGUUCACGCAGAGCCGGUGGGUGGUAAGGAAAGAGGUGGCAGCGGUGACUAAACUCUGCGCGGAAGACGUGAAGGACUUUCUGGAGCACAUGGCCGUAGUGAGGAUCAACAAGGGCUGGGAGUUCAUGCUGCCUUAUGACGGGGAGUUCAUCAAGAAGCAUCCAGAUGUGGUCCAGCGGCAGCACAUGCUGUGGACGGGCAUCCAGGCCAAAUUAGAAAAAGUUUAUAAUCUUGUGAAGGAAACCAUGCCAAAGAAGCCGGAUGGACAAUCAGGGCCUGUCGGGCUGGUCUCUGGGGACCAGCGGGUCCAAGUCGCCAAAAGACAGGCCCAGCAGAACCACGCGCUGCUGGAGCGGGAGCUGCAGCGGAGGAAGGAGCAGCUGCGGGCGUCCUCGGCCCCGCCCGGUGUGCCGCCCGGUGUGCUGCCCGGUGUGCGGGUCAAGGAGGAGCCCAUGAGUGAGGAGGGGGAGGAAGAGGAAGAGCGGGGAGCAGAGGAGGAUGAGCGGCCCGCGCACACCUCGCCCGGUGGUGGCCUCCACAGCAGGCUGGCCAACGGGCUGCCUGCUGGGCGGGCGGCAGGCGGGGACAGCUUCAACGGGCACCCGCCCUCAGGCUCUGCCGGUACCCCCGUGGCCCGGGAGCUGAGGGCCUUCGUGGAGGCCACCUUUCAGAGACAGUUUGUGCUCACGCUGAGCGAACUCAAGCGCCUCUUCAACCUGCACUUAGCCAGCCUGCCCCCCGGCCACAUGCUCUUCAGCGGCAUCUCGGACCGCAUGCUGCAGGACACGGUGCUGGCCGCCGGCUGCAAGCAGAUACUGGUGCCUUUUCCCCCACAGACGGCUGCUUCCCCGGAUGAGCAGAAGGUGUUCGCCCUCUGGGAGUCUGGAGACAUGAGUGACCAGGUGAUUGUUUCCCGUAAUAACAUGUUUUUGCUACUAAAGCAUCGACAGGUUUUGCUUGAAAUUUUUUCCAAAAAUUACCGGGUACGCCGGAACAUGAUCCAGUCUCGGCUGACUCAAGAGUGUGGAGAAGAUCUGAGUAAACAGGAGGUGGAUAAAGUGCUAAAGGACUGCUGUGUAAGCUAUGGUGGCAUGUGGUACCUUAAAGGGACAGUACAGUCUUGACAAUAGUUGCAAACCACUAACCCAGUGAAUUCAAGCCCAAGGAAGGACGGCAGAGCCAGCAGAGGUGGAAGUAGAGUCUCGAUUGCUUCAGAAGACUUGGAGCAAGAGGAACUGACCAUCUCGUGGCCUGUGGCAUUGCACUGUCCAGUGGACAGAGGGGAUCAUACUCAGCCAGUGGCAGGGUCAGCUUAAGUUAGACCGCUCCCAGAAGAGACCAGCUGGGACCUUCUCUGCAGUACAGUUUGAAAUUCCUGAUGUAUUUUGUUUAUUAUUUGGUUUCAUUCUCAUAAUAAAGAGAGUGUAUACUGACAUGGGCAGGAUGAUGAAAAUCAUGGUUUAAUAUUUUACUUUCAAACUUAAUGCCAACAAGGUCUAAGUUAUGUUUACAAGACAACCUCAAGGUUUUUAAUAUUUAAAAUGCCUAGAAGCCAAUAUUAAGUCUUCAAUUAUCUAUCUGCUAAGAUUUCUGCCAAUUUCGUUAAACAAACCAAAUUGUUUUACUGUUGGUUUCCUGUGGCCAUUUUACCUUUUAAAACAACCUACUUUAUGUAGCAGUCUCAACUGUUUACAUGAACCAUAGCAAAAAAUCAGAAUCAAAUCCAUUUAUUCUUAAAUGUUUGCAUAAGGAUGCAAGCAAAACCAGGUAAGUAUGGAACAAUGUAUAAGUGAGGUCAUCACACUUUGAUGUAAAGAAUUUAUAUUUUGUGUAUUUUUAAAAUAAAUGCUAACACUAAUGUGGCAUCAUGGUGCUGUUGUCUUCAAAUGGUUACAAGAAGGCAAUGCUCUCUGUGGUUUCAAAGCCUUGUAUGUACACCAGAGGGAAGAGAGCCAGCAGCACUGCCCAGUAGUGCUGUGCAGUCACGUAUGUAAUGGUAAAAUUUUCUGGUAGACACAUUAAGAUAGUAAAGAAACUGGUUAAAUUUUAAUGUAUUUGAUUGAUUUAGCCUAAUAUAUCUAAAACAUCAACAUGUAAUAUUAAUAUUUUCUUGGUACAAAGUUUUCAAGAUCUGGUAUCUUAUAACUAACUAACUCUCACAAUUGGACUAGCUACAGUUUAGGUACUUGGCACAUGUGGCUCAUAGUGACUACUGGACAGCGCAGCCCUUAGAGGAUUAUGAAAAAAUAGGAGUAAGCCGGAUCGGGCUAGAUGUGAAAAUUUUGCUACAGUAAGAAGACGUUUGCCAUGGUCUAUUUUGGGCAAUAGAGCCACUACUAUCUGAAGGUUCAGAUGAUGGUCUACGUGUAUGUACCCGCCCCCCCCCCCAAAAAAAAAAUUAAGAAAGAAAAGAGAAACAUCUAAUAUUUGGUAAUGUAGUUUAGCAGGCUGAUUGUAUAUUAUGUUCUUGGUUCUAAUUGUUAACAUAUACGAGUCUGAAAAGAGUAAAAAAACUUCCAAAAUUUUUCUGGAGUGUGUCCAGCUAUCAUAUAAUACUACCAAGGGGAGGGCCCCUUGUGGUACAGCAGAGACUGAGCAGAGCAGAACUGGCAGGGGUUGGGGGAGUCAGGCUCAGUAGGGAGUCAAAGCCUUAAACACUAAUAAAGAGAGAUGAGUUAAACCCUGAAUUCAAAUAGCUAGGAAAAUGAUAAAGAACAUAGGAAAUGUUUAAAAAAAAAAUGAGGUGAAAAAUGAAUGUAAAGUAAGAUAUAUCAAUAGUUACCAGUGAAGGAAAAUGGCACAAGCUUGUAUAGAUAGUGAGAUGGGAAAAGUUAGAGCAUUUAGAUGAUUUAUAAGGAAAAUAUAAAUUACUGAAAGUGGUUGGAAAGAAAUUGCAACAGAGCAAUUAUUAGAGAAGAAAAGGGCCAGGGAUUUUCAUAGUUGAAUUAUAUCAAAUCUUUAUGCGGUAACACAAGGGUUAAACUUCAGCAUGUAAUAGGCCCCCAAAUUCUUAUCAAAGGAUUAAUUUAAAAACUUGACAAAGAUAGCAUGAUAUGAAUAAAAAUCCUAAGUAGUGGAUUCCAAUGGCAUGUUAAAGAAGUAAGUCAGUCAACCAUAAAAUGUCUAUACAAGGGUGAUAUCCGGGCAUUUCCUCUAAGAUCAGGAACAAGGCAAGGAUGCCUACCAUAAUUACUUCUGUUUAACAUAGUGUCGGAAGUCCUAGCUAGACCAAUUAGGCAAGAAGAAGAAAAAAAUUGGAAAAGAAGAAGUAAAAUUAUGUUUGCAGGUGGUAUGAUCUUAUAUGUAGAAAACUAAAGAUUUCACAAAAAGUCUGUUCCAAUGAGUUCAGCAAAGUAGCAGGAAACAAAGUCAACACAAAAAUCAGUUGCAUUUCGGGCUUCCCUGGUGGCGCAGUGGUUGCGCGUCCGCCGGGUUCGCGCCCCGGUCUGGGAGGAUCCCACAUGCCACGGAGCGGCUGGGCCCGUGAGCCAUGGCCGCUGAGCCUGCGCGUCCGGAGCCUGUGCUCCGCAACGGGAGAGGCCACAGCAGAGGAAGGCCCGCAUACCACAAAAAAAAAAAAAAAAAAAAAAAAUCAGUUGCAUUUCUGCACACUAACAAGGAACAAUCUAAAAAGGAAAUUACAAAAACAAUUCCAUUUACAAUGGCAUCAAAAAAAUAAAAUAUUUAGUAAUUGCCCAAGGAGGUAGAAGAUUUGUAUGAUGAGAACUACAAAACAUUGCUGGAAGAAAUUAAAGAAGACAAACGGAAACACAUGUUCAUGGAUUGGAAGAGUCAAUAUUGUUAAAAUGUCUACAGACUCAAUGCAAUCCCUAUCAAAAUCCCAAUGAUGUUUUUUGCAGGAAUAGAAAAACCCAUCCUAAUAUUCAUAUGGAAUCUCAAGGGACACCGGAUAGUCAAAACAAUCUUGAAAAAGAACAAAACUGGAGGACUCACACUUCCUGAUUUCAAAACUCACUACAAAGCUACAGUGAUCAUAAGGGCAAAUAGACCAAUGGAGUAGAGAGAGCCCUGAAAUAAACCCUAAUAUAUAUUGUCAAAUGGGAAAGGGCAGUCUUCAACAAAUGGUGCUGGGAAAACUAGACAUCUUCAUGCCAAAGAGUAAGUCUGGACCCUGACCUAACAUCACAGAAAAAGUCAACUCAAAAUGGAUCAAGGACCUUGAUGGAAGAUCUAAAACAAAACUUUUAGAAGAAAACAACUAAAGCAUUACUACACCGGAUUUGGCAAUCGUUUCUUGCUAUGACACCAAAGGCACAAGUGACAAAAAAUAGACAAAUUGGACUUGGUGAAAAUUUUAAAAUUUUAUGCAUCAAAAGACUCAACAGAGUAAAAAGGCAACCCACAGAAUGGGAGAAAAUACUUAGAAAUCAUAUCAUCUAAUGAGAGAUUAAUAUCCAGAUUAUAUAGAGAACUAAAACUCAACAAGAUAACCCAAUUCAAAAAUGGGCAAAGGACUGGAGCAGACAUUUAUUCAAAGCCUGGUACAAGCUGGGGGGGCCCUGAGGUGGUCCUGGCAGGCCAGCCGGAGCACUAGGUGGUCUUCAAUCUGUAGCCUCCACACUGAGACUGGGAGCAAGCAAGUGUGCAUGCUGUUCAAGAGCAGAAUCCCGGUUACUUACAGCCGUCUGGUAAGACCCACCGGUUUUCAAGCCAGCUAAUGGGGCUUAUCUCAGUGUCGGACCCCAGGGCUGGGGUGCCUGAUAUGUGGCUUGAACACCUUGCUCCCCAGGGCGGAUCCCUGAGCCUGCCCUGUGAUAUCCCCUCUUCUGGGUCACCCACUAUGGGCACAGGCCUGACUA